AUGCCACCAGACUCCAUCACAACGCCAUCACUACGUAAACCUACACCAUCACGAUACCAACGCUACGCCAUCACUAAGCCACCAUACACCAUCACUACGCCACCCUACACCAUCGCUACGCCAUCGCUACGGGGCCCUACACCAUCACUACGCCACCCUACACCAUCGCUAUGCCACCCUACACCAUCACUACACAAUCACAACGCCAUCCCUACGUCAACCUACACCAUCACUACGCAAACCUACGCUAAACCUACACCAUCACUACGCCACCCUACGCCAACCUACACCAUCACUACGCUAACCUACACCAUCACUACGCUAACCUACACGAUCACUACGCCAACGUACACCAUCACUGCGCUAACCUACACCAUCACUACACCAUCGCUACGCCAUCACUACGCCACCCUACACAAUCACAUCGCCAUCACUACGCUACCCUACACCAUCACUACACCAUCGCUACGCCAUCACUACGCCAACCUACACCAUCACAACACCAUCACAACGCCAUCACAACGCCACCCUACACGAUCACUACGCCACCCUACACCAUCACUAUGCCACCAUACACCAUCACAACGCCAUCACUACGUAAACCUACACCAUCGCGAUACCAUCGCUACGCCAUCACUACGCCACCAUACACCAUCAUUACGCCCCCCUCCACCAUCACAACGCCAUCACUACGUCAACCUACACCAUCGCUUCGCCACCCAACACCAUCACUCCGCCACCCUACACCAUCACUACACAAACCUACGCUAUACCUACACCAUCUCUACACCAUUGCUACGCCAUCACUACGCAAACCUACGCUAUAACUACACCAUCACUAAGCCAUCACUACGCCAACCCUGA